AUGUCAAAGGCGAACAAGAAAGAGUACAAGGUCAACACGACGUUACUUCGGAAAAGAAGAGUGAGAGCGGAGGCCGACUGCACCUGCGGAGGGUGUCUGGCGCCCACUCUUGACCCACAUGCUACGGCCAUUGAUGGGCUUUUCUUCCAGGCAUUUGCCAAUGCGCACCCCAGGAUAGUGCCCAGGAUGAGCAUAUUGGUGUUUGGGGUCCUCACUUUCGUGGUGCGGCUGCUGCACCUUGAGGUGCCGGUCCAGUUCCUGUUCAUUGGUACACUGCUGGACAGUUUUGUGGCCACCACCGUAAUUGCGCUACACUUCCAGAAGUUCCCCCUUCUAUCCCCAGGCCCAGCCAGCCCUGGUCCCGUGGCUAAGGAAUACAACUCCUUCCCAAACCGCACCGGGCUGGUGGGCACCGAACAGGCCUCAGUCCCUGAGCUCUGGCAGCUAUGGGCAGCCCUAAGGUCCUACCUGGGUUUCUUGGGUGUGUGCAGCCUUGGAGCCUCUGUGGCUUGGGCACUAGGUGUCAGGGUGGCCUUGGCCAUCACCGUGGGCUGUGUGCUCAUCUUUGGGAACUCAACUCUGCACCUCCCAUGCUGGGGCUACGUCCUGCUGCUCCUACUCAGCACUAUUGUGCUUCUGUUUAGUCUCCUCAUCCUGGGGGCCCACCAGCAACAGCACCAGCAGGACCCCUUCCAGACAUUCCUGGUGUCCCCGAUUCCAGCCCUGAGCAUCCUCCUCAACACCUGCUUUGUGCUGAGGCUGAACUACCUGACCCGGCUGCGUUAUGUCUGGCUGCUGAUCGGUGAGUGUGGGCCAGGCUGGGGCACUGGGUGGGCUGCAGGAGGGCAGAGAGGGCAAGGAGGGUAAAGGGAUGGGGCCUGCCCUCGGAAGUGCGGUCCCUGCAAGACUCCUGGUGUAUCUCAGCUAUGAUAUCCAGCACAGCAAGGAGAGCCAGCAGCAGCUGUAGCGGCCAGCCACCGCACGCUGCAUGGUCUUCCCCCACAGCAGCCUGGGGUGGACAGUGCAGGUCGUGUACUCCCACAGCCCGGCCCAGGGGCCCAGUUUCACGGAGCAGCCCAUCAGUCCAUGAGGACAGCUGGAGGCCUGCCCACCCUUCCUCACCUCCUCAGGAGGCCGGAGGGCCUGGGAGCUCCCUCUGCCUGGGACAGCUCAUACUCUGUGCAAAGCUGGCUUCUGUCGCUCCCCAGGCGGCAUUUUGCCAAGCCUGGAGCCAAGGCUGAAGGACAGUCUGCCUGGGAGUUGAAGGUGGAAUUCUCCCACCCCUGA